AUGCCAACAAUCCUCACUCCGCAAGGAUGGGUCAAAGUUGCACCCCCUCCGCCUCGUAAACGGCCAGUAAACCAUGAUCCCACUGCCGCUUUUCGGGGACCGUUAGCAUACUUGGCUUGUCAACGGAGCAAAUCCCCGAAUAUCAAUGUCGUCGGCGGUGGGAAUAUCAAAGGCAGGGCUCAGUUCCCGUAUGACCUGAGUGCGAGUCCCGAAAAGUUGAGACGACAAGGCGAGGCAUAUGCAAAUGCAAAUUCAAGGGCAGCAGACAGGAGUUUCUCCUCCUCCCCGGUCAUGCACGGGGCUCUUCAUCCGAGCGACGACGAAGAAGCGAACGAAAGUCCCGAACUAAAGGCCCAUGUGCCUCCUCCACCACCACCACCAUCACCACCACCACCGCCGGCCCAGCCCGCGGAACAGUCAGAGCACAAGUCGAAGUCAUCAAAAUCAAGAUCAAGAUCCUCUCGACACCACCAUCACCAUGAUGACGACAGCCACUCCUCCGUCAGCUCCAGCUCGCGGCCCAGCUCGCACUCGACCUCCACCUCCAGCAGUUACAGUUCAAGCUCAAGCUCAAGCUCCUCCAGGUCCAGCAGGUCCAGCGCCGCGUCCAGCGUGUCCAGCGCGCCCUCAACCAAGUCGUACCACAGACCAGCGCCUCCGUCGUUCGAAGCCAGGCAUCCUCCACCGCCCGUGCCAGCCGCACCGAGAGUGCACUACUAUCCAAUGCCAAUGCCCAGGUACGAUCACUACGCGGCGCCAGCCCCAAUGUCGAUGCCGAUGUCGAUGCACAUGCCCCUGUCUCUCCCGAUGGCACCACCAAGCAACACAGGUGCGAGUGCGAAUUCCAAAGCCAGUGCGAAUGCGAGGAGCAUGUCCUACAACUGGUACAAUGCCACCACGCCAUUGAACCUAGGUUGA